AUGGCUAUGAAAUACGUUGCAGCUUAUCUUAUGUGCGUUUUGGGAGGAAAUGAAAACCCAGGAAAAAAGGAAAUUAAGAAUGUAUUAAGUGCAGUAAAUGCAGAAGUUGAAGAAGAAGUUUUAGGUAACUUAUUAGAUGCAUUAAAAGGAAAGACUUAUCAUGAAUUAAUAAGCGAAGGAUUAAAGAAAUUGCAAACUGUUGGAGGAGCUGGUGCUGCCGCCGCUGCUGCCCCAGUAGCAGGUGAUGCUGGAAAUGCUAAGAAAGAAGAAAAGAAAGAAGAAAAAGAAGAGGAAGAAGAAGAAGAAGACGAUUUAGGAUUUUCCUUAUUCGGUUAA